UGCGAGGUUUUCUAUAUCAGUCUACGAUCCACCGCGACGUUAGUUCAAGUUCAAGUCAACCUUAUUGUCAAAUGUGCUCUACAGUAUGUGCAACAUACAGCACAGAUGAAAUUUCUUUCCGACCAACCACAGGAGAGAGAGAAUGGAGUUACUCCACCAUCGCUUAAUUGGAAAGUACUGCAUGGUGUUUGUAGACUGGAUAUCAUGUUAAAGCUGUGUGACUGCUGCAAAUAGAAAGUCAUUUGUGUUCAAAAGGAAGAAUGCUGAACACGUCUGCUCUCACCACAUCCCGAGCAGAGUCCAAUGAUGGCUCCCUGCAAAUACAUCAGCUUUGUGUUCAGUUAAACAAGACCCGAUUUCACACUGAGCUCGAAUGAGAGACUCCCCAUGAUGUGGAGCUAACGCCACCGGCUGCUCAACCUGCAAGAAGAGACGUGGACGACGCAACAUCCGCAGCACACGCAUGGCGGUAUUAGGGAACCCCGACAUGCUGACAAGGAAGAUCAAGCUCUGUCACAUCAAUGCCCACAUCACCUGUCGUCUGUGCGACGGCUACCUGAUAGACGCCACCACCGUCACAGAGUGCCUGCACACGUUUUGUAGAAGCUGCCUUGUGAAGUAUCUGGAGGAGAACAACACAUGUCCCACGUGUAGAAUUGUGAUUCAUCAGAGCCAUCCACUGCAGUACAUUGGCCAUGACAGAACAAUGCAAGACAUUGUGUACAAGUUGGUACCCGGACUACAAGAGGCGGAGAUAAAGAAGCAGCGGGACUUCUACCAGAAAUUGGGCAUGGAGGUGCCUGGCGACAUUAAAGGGGAACUUUGCAACAUCAAGACGCAUCUGGAUCAGCGCAAUGGAGACACUAAGUCAGAAGACACGCCCAAUAAGGAAGCAGGAGAGGAGAAAGCAGAGGAGGACAACGACUAUCACCGUAGCGAUGAGCAGGUGAGUAUCUGCCUGGAGUGCAACAGCAGUAAGCUCAGAGGCCUCAAGCGCAAGUGGAUCCGCUGCUCGGCGCAGGCCACCGUCCUACACCUCAAGAAGUUCAUCGCCAAAAAGCUCAACCUGACCUCCUUUAACGAGUUGGACAUUUUAUGCAAUGAGGAAAUCCUGGGCAAGGACCACACUUUGAAAUUUGUCGUCGUAACGAGAUGGAGAUUUAAGAAAUCGCCCCUCCUGCUCCAUUACAGACCCAAAGUGGAUCUCUUGUAGCUCAAAUGGACACACAAUUUCCUUUUUUUUUAAUGUAGUAUUUUCUUGUCGAUGGUGUUCCUGUCCGGCGUGCUGUUUUCAAACAACGUAUGCAAAGAUGAUCAACCAGCAGCAGCGUGCAAACAAGCAAACGCCACAACAAAACCACCCUCGACAAAAAGCCAGCAGCAGGGAGAUGCCGCAACACUGGCUUGACCUUUUUUGUUUGUUUGUUUGUUUUGGGGUUUUCUUUUUUUUCCCAUUUUUUUUUGUGCGCUACAUCCGUGAUAUGUGAAGAAGAAAGAAAAAUUCAAAAAAGAAAUGGAGAUAAAUCAUAUAUUUAUACUUUUGUACAGUUUAAGAAGAGACCUGAACUUAAAAAGACACUACACUGGUGCUCUGUUUACAUGCAAACGAGAUGUCGGGAGGGGCGGGGGUUUCACGCGGCCGUCUUUUGGACAAUUGCAGCGGAGGAUGAAAAGUUUUAUAUCGACUUGUUUUGCUUUUGUGGACAAAGAUUUUGUACGCGUGUCCAUCUUAAGCGAGCUAUGGAGUAAAAUGUCUCUGAAUGUGUCUUUUUGGCCCAAGCCCUGCCCUGUUUUCCAUCUAAUUUGCUCUUGAUGAUUGUCCAUUGUGAAUAGCCUUUGUGUAGUAAUUUAUGUUCGAUAUAUUGUACAUACGAUGUGCUUAUAGGGAGCGAGCGGCAAAGAGUAAGAGAGACUUUUAGACUGUUAAAAGCAGAGUGCGUCCAGAAGUCCUAUCUAUAUCAGAAUAUAUCUUCUUUAAAAAAAAAUAAUAAUCAUAUGGUUUUGUUAUUCUUUGAGAAAACAGAUCUGUGACAUAAAAGUUUCCGGCGCCCGUUUUUUGUCCCAUCCUUUCAGAAUGAGAGCAACAAUUUUGCUCUUGAAAUACCCAACAAAAUGUCC